UUUUUUUUUUAAUUAUUAUUCAUUCAUUUAACAUUAUAUCAUUAUGUCCAUCUUUCAUCCACAGGACAUUAUGACGAUACCAUCUAUGGAAGAGGAUGAUUCUUGUUCUGAAGCCGACACAGAACUUUCUACACCUAUUUAUCAACGAUCACCAUGGUUUUCAUCACCUUCACUUCAUCCAAGUAGAUCGACCAUAGUAAGGAAACACAAAAGUGCAGAACUUUUUUAUGAUCGUUCUGUACAUUAUCAAACGGUGAUUCGUCGUAUGAGUCAACAAAUCGAUGAUUUUCUUCAAUCUCGACCAUCCUUGCGUGUAAAGGGCCCAGAUGAGACCUUGAUAGAAAUGAUCCAUCAAUUUCGUGCAACACUACCCUCCAAUGAACAACAAGUGUGUGAUGCCAUGCUGGCAUGGCUUCCGUCCGAAACAAAAAGAAAGAAUCAAUGUCUGAUCAGUGACCAACAUCAUAUUACGCAACUACGGCAGGCAUUGGAGAAAGAACAACAGGCCAAGCAAGAAGUGGAAGAGACAUUGGAUAUCGUACGAGCGGAAAUGGAAAUCAUGAUGGAGGAACAUCAACAAUACAAAGAUUGGAAACAAAAAGUGGCACAAGCAGAACGACGAGCGGCCGAAUAUGAUUUGAAACUAGUGGUGCUGGAAUCACAACAUAAAAAAGAAAAGGAAGAGAAUGAAGCCCUGAUCAAGGCCCUUCAACGUGAUGUCGUGGAAAAGACACAAGCCCUGGCCCGUUGGGACAAGCAAUGGCAACGUCAACAACAACAAUGGCAACAACAACAACAAUCCACCGACUUGGCCCAUCGUGCCGAUCAGACAGCAUGGCAGCAGGAAUGGAAAGAUAAUUGUCAAAAACAAGUCGACUUGAUCUCCCUUCGAUUAUCACGCGAAUCUCGCCAGUUGGAACUUCAGCUCGCCGACAUGCUCAUGGACAACGAACGUCUUGAACAAUCCAUCGACCAGUACAAACAACAAUGGCAUCGGAUCGAUCAAGCCGCCAAGGAUCGUGAACACACAUGGAUCGCUCGUCAAACCGCUUGGGAACGUGCUGAAAAGGAUGCAAAAACAACCAUCUUUGAUUUGGAACAAAAAGUCAUUCAUCUUGAAGCUGAGGUUUUACGACUUUAUGGGAAAAAUAUCACUUUGGCAAAUCAAUUAGGUGAAUGUGAUUAAAG